ACCAGAAUGGACACAAAGCGAGAUAAAGAACAAGAUGCAGAGGUGGACAAGAUAACCGCCGGACUGCUCAAGUCGCACUCGGGGGAGUUCGAUUUGGAGUCCAUUCUGUUUCUCAAAUUUAGGGGUCUGGGAAUACACGAUCUCGGAUGUAUAGGAGAGUGUAUGAGUUUGGAGAGACUGGACCUCUCUGGGAAUAAUAUUGUCAAUUUAGCUCCUCUGUCGCCCCUGCGGCUGCUUUCUGUCCUCAAUUUGUCCGCCAACAGGAUUUCCAAUUUAGAGCCGCUGCACAGUUGUGAAAAUCUACAGAAUUUAAAUCUGGCGGGUAAUAUCAUCUCCAGUAUCGAGAACCUUCUCUGCCUUCAGUCUUUAAGAAAGCUCGAAAGUAUUCGCCUCAACGACAACACGUAUAAUUAUUCUAAUCCAGUGUGCAGGAACGCAUCCUACAAGGCCAUAGUCUUUGAGAUGUUCCCCAACAUCAAGGUGCUCGACGGGGAGAGAGUGGUUGGACGUGGAAGUGACUUAUACCAGCUAUGCAAAGACAUCGACGACACUAUUAAAGCUGGUCAGUACAAGAACGGGCAACUUGUUGAACAUCACGACUGCAAGCCAUGGGUGGAGGAUACUUAUUGGGAAAUAAAAAGGUCGAACAAUGCCAUUGUGGAAGAAUCCUACAAGCAGUUUAAUGAUGUUCUUCAUGAAUGCCGACUCCUAAACAACAGAGCUACUCACGUCAUCACCCAGACUGAAAGGUCCAUGAGCCUCAAGAAGCAGCCAAAGCAAUAUGCCAUUUGAAUGUGCAGCGACUAGUUAUUGAAAACAACACAAACACUGUAUUCUUUAUUUUAUAGAUGGCUAAGUAAAGUAAAGCUAGAAAUACAUGCUCUUUAUGGCAUUGUUCUAAUUCUGUGGGAUACAAGCAAGCCUCAGAAUGGAUGUGAGAUGUCUUUCCUUGCACACAGUUCAUAUUGUGCCAUCGUAGCCUGCAUUUUUGCAGAAGCAUACAGUACAGUAUAUGCUGCUAGAAAUGUCUAAAUAUUUAAAAUAACUAAGAGCUUUUCCAUUCUGCUGGAUCAUUAUGGGAGCAUCCCAUUGCUGUACGCUUUCUAUGUAAAAUGAUUUUUUUCCCUGAAGAUAUGAAUGAAUGUUGAGCUCUUUAUACUUGUUUUAUACCAUAAAGUUUAUUGCAUAUGCAAAUA